CAGUGGGACAACAGUCACCAUGCUGGGUUCUCUGAUUCUGCUAUGGCUCUGCAUCAGCCUCCUAGCUUUCCUCGUCAGGACGCGAAGGCCCAAAAACUUCCCCCCUGGGCCUGGACCCAUCCCAAUUUUCGGCAACCUUCUACAGCUAAACCUGGAGAAUCCAAUGCCUGACCUGGAGAGGCUCUCAGUGCGUUAUGGAAAGGUUUUCAGCCUGUACUUUGGGGGGAGGCCAGCCGUAAUACUGAAUGGUAUGUCUGUGAUGAAGGAGGCGUUGAUCGGUAAGGCAGUAGACUUUGCUGGAAGACCUAAUGGCCUUCUGCUGAAUCAUCUCACCCAAGGAAAAGGUGUGAUCAUGGCUGACUACGGUCCCAGUUGGAGGGAGCACCGUCGAUUUGCUCUCAUGACCCUGAGAAACUUUGGCCUUGGGAAGCAGUCCAUGGAGGAGAGGAUUCUGGGAGAAAUUUCUUAUGUUUGUGCACACCUGGAAGCAAGUGCAGGAAAAUCCAUUGACCCCCAGACAUUGUUCCACAACGCUUCCUGCGACAUCAUCUGCUCCAUAAUGUUUGGCUCACGGUACGAAUACGACCACGACUUCUUCCAGGCCAUGAUCAAGAUGAUGGCUGAAAACUCCAAAAUCGCCAAUGGGCCAUGGGGCAUGGUGUAUGACACGAUGCCGUUGUUGAGGAACCUGCCACUGCCCUUCCAGAGAGCCCUCAGGGAUUACCACACAGUCAAACUCCACGUGCUAGGCAUCAUAGCUGAACACAGAGCCACUCGUGUCCCCAGAGAGCCACGCGACCUCAUUGACAGCUACCUAGAUGAAAUGGAAAAGAGAGGUGAAAACUGUGCCCCGUUUGAUGAUGGCCAAAUGAUCAUCAUGUUGCUGGAUCUCCUUUUUGCUGGGACAGACACAACAUCCAACACUAUCCGAACGGCCGUACUGUACUUCAUGACCCAUACAGACGUUCAAGAGCGGUGUCAGCAAGAGAUUGACGAAGUUCUGGAGGGUAAAGCUCAAGUCUCAUUUGAAGACAGACAUAAGAUGCCAUACAUGCAGGCUGUGAUCCACGAGGUGCAACGGGUUGCCAGCACGCUCCCUCUGAGUGUGUUUCACUGCACAACGAAGGACACGGAGCUGAUGGGAUAUCAAAUCCCAAGGGGUACUCUCAUCAUUCCUAACCUCACCUCUGUUCUGUAUGAGGAGGAUCAGUGGAAAUUCCCUUACGAUUUCAACCCAUCAAACUUCCUGAAUGAUCAGGGUCAAUUUGAGAAGCCUGAGGCCUUCAUGCCCUUCUCUGUUGGUCCUCGCACAUGUCUUGGCGAGGGACUAGCUCGCAUGGAGCUCUUCCUCAUUUUGGUCACAUUGCUGCGUCGCUUCCAGUUUAUCUGGCCUGAGGACGGAGGAGAACCAGACUUCAGCCCUGUUUUUGGUGUAACACAGGCGCCCAAGCCCUACAGAAUGACUGUGCAGCUGAGAGGAGGCCUUACCAACUGAGACAUCUCACACAGAUCACUAUAAGCAAACAAUCAGAACAAAUAACCACGGCAUAAAUAUUCAAGACACAUUUGGACAUUGCCAACAGAGAACAAGUUUCUGUUCACUAAAAACCAAUCAGUGACUCGACCCUUUGCUGCAAAAUAUUUGCCUCUAUGUUGUGCAUCUGUAGAAACGACACGUGUACAAAUACGUCUGUACUGGUAUUAAGUGUAGUCCGUUGUACAGAGCAUAUAGUGUUAUGUUAUUACAACGUUCCAGUCAUUGUGUGUAUUAUGCAAUUCAUAACCUGACGUGAACUUUACCUGUAUAAUUCAGCUCUAGAGUUAUCUUGUAUCAGUAUAAACGUCUGACUAGUUUAUGGUUGUACUGUUGUAUUGCCCUUAAAAAAAAUAUGCAGUAAUGUAAAAAAGGACCCCCAUUUUUCAACACCUGUUUUCGGUAACAAACUUUUUGAAGAUCAAAUCUGAUUUUUUAAAGAAAUCAUUUCAUUUGAUAUCAGUUUAAUAAAACACACUGAAUAAACAAGG